AUGGAAGCCAACGAAAUAAACAUAAAUUAUGAAAAAGAUGAUAUCACUAUGAAUAAGGAAGAUUAUCAAAUUGAACUUUGUCAAGAUGGAAGAUUUGCUGCUACAUUCGAUACAGCAAACCUUUUGAUCAAAAUAUUGCAGAAUACUGAUUAUCGUCCAUUUAUAUUCAACAAGAAAAAGAAUUUCAGAAAUGAAAAUGAAUUUGAAGAAUCCGUCGAAAUUGAUAAAACAAUCGCUUAUUUUAAAAUAAGAGAUGAUUUUAGUAUUGAUAAGCUCUACGACCAUGACCCUCCUCCAUUUGAUGGCAACAGCGAGAAGAAAUCAAUUGACGAUUUCGGAGAAAGAAAUGAUUAUAUUCCAAAUAUUCAACAAAAUUUAGAAAAUUUAGAAAUAAUAAUAAACAAAAACACAUAUAUCAAUCCAGAUAAUGAAAUUAAUCAAAAAUAUUGUCAAAAUUCUCAAUGCAAAUUCUUAUUCGUUUACUCAAAUUCCGAACCAGAAACUAAAACAAAUGUACAAUUUAUAAAUACGUUCGCUCAUUUAGCGAAUAAAUUAAAUCGUACACUUGUUUUAACUAAUGUUGGAACAUCAAGAAUUGAUUCUUGUAAUAAAUUCCCUUUCGAGUUUUAUUAUAAUAUUGAUUAUUUAAAGGAGAAAUUUCCAAAUUUAUCUUUAAUAUCACAAGAUAAUUUUCAAUUUUGGACCAAUGAAAGGAUUGAAAAACCAAAUUUUCAUUAUUUACACUUAUCAUCAUCAUCAUCAUCAACAUCAUCAUCAUCCAAUUCAUCAAAUGACGUUCCUAUUGUAGAAGAUAUACAAUUAGAUAAUGAUGGAGGAGAUAUUAAUUGUCUUAAAAAUUUUGAAAUGAAUUAUAAUAAUUUCAAUCCUUAUCAAAAAAUUCUUUUUAGAUCAGAUUUACUUUUAAAAUCUUCUUAUCGUAAAAAUAUUUCCAAAUUUUUAAUUUCAAAUUUAAAAAAUUCUAAUUCAGAAAUAUUAUUAAUUAAAAAUGAGAUAAACAAAGAAAUCUUUCCUUCUCAUAAUAAUAAUAAUAAUAAUAAUAAUAAUACUACUACUACUACUACUACUUUAUCAAAUCCAUAUUCAGAUAGUAUUAAUCAUGAAACUUGGAAAAUUAAUGUGGCUUUAGAACCUUUUGUCGCAAUUUAUUGGAAAAUGAUUGAUAUAAAUGAUUCAAAAAUUUUAUCAGAUUGUGCUAAAAAACUUAUUAAUACCUUAAAAAUUUUAAAAGAAAAUAUUCAUUAUAAUAAUAUAUAUUUAGCAACAGAUUAUCCUGUUUCUUUGGAUUUUAUUCAAUCUUCUUCUUCAUCAUAUUCUUUUUCUUAUCGUCAAACAAGACAUUAUCGUCGAGCAAUUCAUUUAUUAAAUACAACAAUGACAAUUAAUACUUGGUAUUCUUUAAAUGCUUUUGAUAAAAUUAUUCGAAGGAAGGAGAAUCUUGAAGAAUUUAAGGGGAAAGGAAUUACUAAUAUAUUGGAUAAAUUAGUAUGUACAAGUUCUGAUUAUUUUAUUACUGCUCCUUCAGAAUGUACUUUAAAAUCUUCAAAUAAUUUUAUAAAAGAUAUUAUUAAUGUAAGAGAAAAAUUAUAUUAUGAUUAUGAUAAUCAAAAAAUACAAAAUAUAAUAUCAAAAUGGUAG